GGUAAUCGAUCAAAGGUCUCGGAAUCUUUGGUCCCAAGAAAAAACGACAACCGCCAACAAAGGUCGGCGAAGAACUAUAAGCGCAGGUAAAUUGGAAAGCUCCUGCUCAAGGAAAGGUUAAAAUCAAUCGCGAUGCCUGGUGGAAGGAGGAACUUGGUCAAGGUUUUGCUGCAGUAAUCAUCCGUAAUCACACAGUUUCUGACUGAUUUAUAUCUUGGUCACCCUACCUUUGAAAUUUCUCUCUCUCUUCAUCUUGGAGAUGGCUUCAAGGCUUCUUGCGAACUUGAUUGUGAUGGGCGGUGGAAUAAUGGCUAGAGCUGUGGUUCAAGCAUAUCGUCAGGCACUUAUGAAUGCCUCGAAAAAUGGCGUUGCUCAAGAAGCAGCGCAAAACAUCAUUAGAGCAACCAAAAUUAUGGCCGAACCAGAGGCCAGGCAGAUUCUAGGCGUCACUGAGCGUUCAUCUUGGGAAGAGAUCUUGCAGAAGUAUGAUUACUUGUUUGAGAAGAAUGCCAAGAACGGGAGUUUUUACCUCCAAUCGAAGGUUCACAGAGCCAAAGAAUGUUUAGAAAUGGAAUACAGGCGGGCAGCUGAACGUGCAACUGGCUCAUAAUUGGCGCUGCUUAGCGUUAUGCAGACUCUUCUGGUCAGUUUCGAAUUCUCCCCAACAUUCACAGGUCAUUCUAGGGCAAAAUACUGACCAGUUCAAUCUUCCGAGUUGUAUUUGACGAUUAGAUGACUUCUGCACCGCAAAUUGUCUAAUCGACCGAAAUCAGAAGGCAUUUUUUGGCCGUUCAUCCUAUGAAGAGAGUAUUUGAACUUUAAAAGCAUUAGAUGGAAAUAAAUUAUUAUUGCUUGAGGAUAGAGUUGUCAAGAAAUUUGGAAGUCCUUGGCAUGUUUUUUACCGUAUUUUUUUUCUUUUACAUCGAUGAUUUACGCAUUGGGUCUUUGCGGGGACAUACAAAAUUAAAGGUUGGGUUACGAACGUUGGAAAAAACUGUAACGUGUAAAGGGUGAUAUCUAUUGUGAUUGUAUAAUCCCUUUGUUCCUGAUUA